AGGCCUACCUACUCAGUAUACUCACAUGAUAAUUAGACCUCCCCAACUUAAUUUGGUCUACUUCUACUCAUGUGACCAUUGUGACAACAACUCUUAUGAUGGCAUGAUGUGGUAUACACAGUGACUCAACUAUUGUGACAUGAACAUGUAUGCCAUAUUUCUGCUGCGAAAAGAAAAUAUAUGGUUAAAAAUACAAACUGAUUUUUUAUCAUUUUGGGUUUGAUUUGAGAAAGUGCUGAAUGUGCAGUGGUUUAAAAAAGAAAAUUACAAAAACAAACAAGCAACAAAGUAACAAACUACCUCUAUUAUACAACAUAAAAGUGACUGCUGCCCUUUCUUAAAAACCUUUUGAUGCUCUUGCUCCCUCUCACAAGCGUUUCAAGAUUCAUGCACCUGAGCUCCUUGUGGACACUCUGCUGGACUGCUUGAUUCUCAUCGCCACACUUUAGGAGUGCGGUUCUUGUGCAGAAGGGUAAAGGUCAGAAAAUGAGUGAAAUAUCAAGGUCUCAAGAGUACAUGAGUUUCAGGAGCUCUAUUCCUCAGAGGAAGAUAAUUGUGGAUGAUGACAACAGUAAGGAAUGGACCCUGUACGAGGCAGGGCCCAAAACAGUCAAGUGCCCUCUCAUAUGCUUUCCACCAGCAAGUGGGUCGGCUGAUGUUUAUUUCCGACAGGUUUUGGGACUCUCUGCCCUUGGCUACAGAGUUAUAGGUAUUGAGUACCCAAUAUACUGGACAAUGAAAGAAUUUGUGGAAGGUUUCAGAAAAUUGCUGGACCACUUGUCUCUAGACAAGGUUCAUAUCUUCGGAGCCUCACUGGGUGGUUUCCUGGCCCAGAAGUUUGCAGAGUACAGCUGUCGAUCGCAACGAGUGGCUUCCCUGAUCUUGUGCAAUUCCUUUUAUGAUACAACCAUCUUUCAACAGACAAACUCAGCACCCACGUUCUGGAUGAUGCCAGCAAUGCUUCUGAAGAAAAUGGUGAUGGGCAGCUUUGAUAAAAAGCCAACAGAUCCAGACAUUGCUGAUUCAAUGGAUUUCAUGGUUGAAAAAUUGGAUGGUAUGUCACAACAAGCUUUGGCAUCGAGACUGACCUUGAACUGCAUGAACUGUUACGUGGAACCACAGAAGUUACGUGAUGUGGACGUAACCCUCAUGGAUGUGUAUGACGAAUGUGCCUUAUCUGCCUCUGUCCGUGAUGAGAUGAGCAAGUGCUACCCCGAUGCCAAAAAAGCCCAUUUGAAGCACGGAGGAAACUUUCCUUAUCUCAGUAAAAGUAUGGAAGUCAAUGUGUUUUUGCAGAUUCACUUGAGAAAAUACGACAUGGGCCCAUUACGAGCCCGAGAGCUGACGGAGAAUGAGCUUGCAAUGUUAACGGAAGCAGAAACAGGAUUGACCACUUAGUGAUGCUCAACAGAUGCUUCGAUUUCGUUCUAGUGGUGUUUUGUGUUUGGAUGCAGAAUGUACAAAACAGGUUUUACUGUACACUGAGUGUGUGAUGAUAACAAUCGUUUAUUCUCUUUUUAAUUGAUGAUCCUUGUGUUUUGGAACUAGUAACAUAAGGCUAUUGUUCAAUUCACAUUACUACAAAUAUUUCUCUGUAUGCAAGUUUAAGAGCCUGUGUUAUGUAGUAUUAGUUCAACUUAUUCCUUCUGUGAUUAUUCUAAAGGGGGCUCAAGGAAAGAGGUGCUGGAGUUUGGAUGGGAACAAAUGUAUUUCUAUUGAUCUAUGAAAGUCUUUUGUAUGUACAUCAUUUGAAAGAUACGGGAGUAGUAUUUUUUUUGUAAUUUGAAAUUAAAAAUCAAAUAUAAUGAAACAAAAUGCUCAUACUGAAUGUGACUGUUGAGAAUGACUGUCAUGUGCCCUCUCAUUUCUCUUGGUUUCUCUGUAUUGAUUCUGUUUUCUCGUCUAUUUCUGGUGCGGGAGGACAGUGUUUUGUAGAUAGGGAAAUCAUUUUUUUUUCAAAAUGACUAUAACCUUGCCUUUUAUUUUUAUUUUCCUUUUUGUAUAAUAUAUGUGUAAUGUUCAUUUUAUUUAAGUGAAAGAUAUUUUUCCCCACCCAUAUCUUAAAUUUGUUUAUUAUAUUUCAUACUUCCUUUAUCAUAUUUGGCUUUAUGCGUCACGCAUUCUUGUUUGACUGUCAUUCCCAACUGGAUCAAGGGAACUUUUAACAGGGUUUAUGAUCAAUAUUGCACUUUUUUGGAUGCCAAAUACUUAAUGUGCUUGCUACAUCUAAGUGAACAAAAUAAAGUUGAAAAAAAAAAGGGUCUAAAGGAUUUGAUGGAAUAUUUUUGUAUCAACUGUCUAAAAAUAUAUUUCAAAAAAUUUAUAUUUGUCUGGUUUGCUAGUAACUGUUGCUAUUAUGAUAAAAUUUUACUGCAAGAUUAAAUAUAGUCUUGUGGGAACAGUUACAUGAUAAUUUCUGUGGCUUUUGAAGAAAAUUUGUGAAGUGUGCGGCAUCUUAACAUGUACAAACUAAAGACUCUCAGUCUGAGUCAGUCAAUACAUGGUGAAAGUGAGUACAGGCUCUGUGAGACAUGAGUGGGAAAAA